AGACAAACAACAAUCAUCAUCAUCCUGGACCCUACGCACGCAUGCGCACGGAAAGCGUAAAGUUUGCGGAUUUGACACUAUGAAACGUUAGUUUUAUACGUUUAGAAUGUGCGGAAUUGCAGGGAAAAUGGGCCGAUUCGACGAAUUUCGUCACAUUCGGCUUGUAUGUACUAGCGUACUAGCUAAUGAGUAGAUAGGUGAGAAAGACGGAUCCGAAUGGCCUCCGGAGAGCAGCCACUCUCAGAAUGGGAGGAACUGCAUGGCACUCGGCACGUCAUUCUGCAGCAGAGCGUCACCAUGCUGGCCUACAUGGACAAGAGCAACGGGUCGUCUGACCAGCGUACAGAGAGCUCCUUUUGGGACUCCAUCGGGGUGGCCCACUCGCGGGACUUGCCCAUCUUGGUCGGGGCAGCUACGGGUGCUCUGGGAUUGGUCCUCAUCAUUCUGAUUGCCAUUAUCAUCUGGCACUGCUGUACACGUAACAAUGCAGUUGAGAAAGUGGACAACCUUAGUCGCGCAAGCAGUGUGUCGAGACCAGCACCUUUGGGCAUGGUGCAGAGCGAUUCCGUGGUGUUCCUCGGCACAAAGCCCAGACUUGAAACUAACACCACCCACAUCGGGGGUGCUGACAACUGCGUCAUCAACAUGACACGGUCUCGAUCUAUGCCUCUCAAGCACAGCCAAGAAGGAAACAGAGUUACCUUGCCGUUGAGCGAAGCCGUCCAAGCUCCGCCGAGAGACGACUCCGUCCAGCUGGUGCCGCGACCGCCAGAGCAGCGCUACUUGGAGACUGCCAGUCAGAGCAGUCCUUAUAGCCGUCCCGUACAGUACAGAAGAGAGAACCUGCGCACGACAUUGGAUGCGACCAACGAACUCACCCUCAAGACCCGAAGCCUGCCUUCUUGGGGACGACCUCUUUCCGCAGAAGACGACCUCGGUGACCUCUACGCUAAGGCAACGUUCACCAAGCGACGCAAAAAUCGCAUGCGCAACGACUGUGCGGCGGCUAUCGCGGCGACCCGGAGCCAGACGCCAUUUGCCCCUCCGCUGCCGUUUGCCCACAACGACACGGAUUCCCUGGUGGACAAUGAAGCAGUGGUGGUCUACGACGAACGCACGGCCCUCUGACCAACAUCCCUUUAGACUACUACCAUAUCAAUGUGUCCUUGUGCAUUUCUUUCUCCAGAAAGGGUUAUAACAUUAUGCAAUGAUGACUGUG